CAGCUAUCACUUUAGAGCUUCCAUUCACCAUGUCUAACGUGGCGUACGACAGCUCCGAACGAGCAAUUUAUCUUCUAGAUGCUCAGACCAAAGCCAUUCAAUUUUUCGACGAAAUUGAACAGAGCCUAAUUCGCUCUGGAAUCAGUGAAAAGACAUUAAGCGAUGAGAUCCAUCAACUCGGUAAUACUCGUUUUGGAAUUAGAACGCACUGGCAUAAACGAGUAGUAAGAAGCGGACCGAAUGCCCUGCGACCUUUCGAAGACAACCCCCCUGAUCGUGUUAUAAAAGAAGACGAUAUACUGGUUAUAGACCUCGGCCCGGUAUUUGAGUCAUGGGAAGCAGAUUUUGGACGCACGUACGUUCUUGGGAAUGAUCCUAAUAAGCUUAAAAUCCGGGAUGCUUUGGAGCCUAUUUGGAAAUCUGUUCGAGCUCAAUUUUUAACGAAUCCUGAUAUGACGGGAGAACAACUUUAUCGAAUCGCAGUAGAGACUGCUGAGGAGAAUGGAUGGACGUUUGGCGCCCAUUUAGCAGGGCAUCUCAUUGGUUCAUUUCCACAUGAACGUAUACCUCGCGAUAAGACAACUCUAUACAUCACUGAAGGAAAUUCGGCAUCGAUGUCCUCUUUAGGUAAAGAUGGGCAAAAAAGGCAUUGGAUUCUUGAGAUACAUCUAAGAGAUGAACAAAAUCAGCUUGCAGGUUUCUAUGAGCAGUUGCUGACUGCUUGAUGAAGCCUAUGAGAGAUGCAGCGGCAUCAUUGCUGCCGUCGAACCUGAAGAGUUAGUGGACAGGCGAAAUGUGCCGGCGUUACUCUACACCCUGCGCGAGCAGGCCCGAAAAUCAUGGUAGCAAGAGGAGUAUUGGAGUUGAAUUAGGCUUAAUAGAACGUUAAAGUCUUUCAUCUACAUUUAGCCUCUUCUUGAGACUGCAACAAAAUUGUCUGUUUAUUUAGUUCGUUCAUCCGUCUUCACAAGUGUCAAUUGUUUAUAUAAGCUUGACAUUUGCCCAGCGAAAGUCGACUCUCAAUCUCUCACGCUAUGAAGUUGCCACCGACU